UGUUUUUUUGUUACGCGGGAAUUUCAAGAUCACAGUCUGGGUUUUAUGCUGAGCACAACAUUUGCUAUUUUAAUGUCCAGUUGUCAUAGCGAUGUGAUCGCAUUUAAUGACGUAUUGGAUCUUUUCAAAUUAAGUCGUUUUACUCAUUUAACAUUACCUAUAGUCCGCGAUGAUGAAGUGUAAAUCCAGCCGACCUUCUAUGGAGUACAAUGGAGUGCAGUCAAAUAUUUCUGCUUUUUUCAUUUCAAAGGUUUCAGCAAAAUCUCCCAAAAAGACAGCAGGAGCCUCCCUGUCGUUUAAAACUAGUUUUGUGGAGGACAAAAAGGUCCCCCAGUCUCCAGACCCUUCUGCUGUUCCAGACACUCCAGAUAGUUUGAGGAUCAAGAACAGCAUCUCUCCAAACAUCUUGUAUGAGAAGCGCUCACCUGUGUCACGGGGUCUGCACUCUAAAGCUGUCAGGGGUAAAACCAGCCUGGCGACACGAAAGCUGAGGAAGCCACCGAAACACAUCAGUCCAGAGCCGGUGGAUAGUUUUGAGCCCAAGAAUGGCACAAAUCAUUCUGGUUCUGUCAAAAGGUUGUUGUACAGUUCAGAGAACAUCCAGAGUGCCAAGCGACCUAGAACCAUGAGCGUUCAGAAAAUCCCAAUAGGGUCUUAUGCUGACUCAAACUUACCGGGAACCAACAUAGAUGUCCCUGAAGACUCAUUGCUGAAAGCGUUCUCAAAGAGUCCUGUGAAAAAAAUAAAAGCUGAUAUUGCUCGUUUUGAGAAUGGCCGAAUGGUACCUGGUCCUUGUGCUAAACUGAAUGGGAAAACAAAUGGUGUCGUAAAACUUUCAAAGACAUUUUCGAACCGUCUGAGCUUUGGGAAAUGUGACAAAGAGAAUUCAGUUACACUGAACACAGAGUCCGACCCAAUAAAUGAAAUAAAUGUGCUUGAUCUUGUGAUGUCACAUUCUUCAAGAACACAAAAAGGUUCCAGUGAUGAAGAGCGUUUUGUCAGCUGUCCUGUCACUAUGAAGAGACCUUUGAAAGUUACGGCUGAACUGCAAACGAAAGACAAAAGUGCUGAUGGGAAGACUUUGUCAGUGGAGGAUGAAUUUAAUGAUCUGAUGGACGAUUGGUUUGAUGAUGUCACCGAACAAACAUUGGAGGCGCCGAAACCCAAGAAGUUUAAUCUUGGAAAACACAAAGGCAUUCCAGAACAUGCUAUACUUGCCUCUGGUGUUCAUAAUCGAUAUUGGGUUCUGGAUGUACAGGAAACGACCUCAUUACAAGGUUACACAGAGAAACACUUGAAUAUCACCUGCUCAAAGACGACACAUCCCACAGAGACCUGCAUUCUCAAAGAUGGCUGGGAGAGUUCUUCAGUUGCUGUGGGUGACAUCAUUCAUCUGGAAGGGAGGUGUGUUUCUGGUGUGUGGACCAUUGAUGGAGACUCUGGUUUCCUGGUUUUGUUGCCUGACCUGCUGAUGUCUGGGACCACUAUUGCCAGCAGUAUCCGCUGUAUGAGGAGAGGUGUGCUGGGAGAGAUGUUCAAGUCAUUCGAUGGUGGAUCCAAACAAAUGCUAAAUGGUACCAUCGUUCAUGAUAUCUUUCAAAAAGCAGCUAUGUCUUCAGACUUUUCCCCAGAGAGGAUACAAAAGUUUGCUACAGAGGCACUGAGAAGCCCUAACUACCUCGGCCAAAUGUACAGUCUAAAGCUUAACCAGGCAGAAAUGAGACAGGAAGUUGAAGAAUAUCUUCCCUCUUUAUCUGAGUGGGCGAAACAAUAUGUCCACACUUCACCACAGGCCGGGAACAAACAGCUGACCCUGAAACUCCCCAGUGACGGAGCUCUGAGCAAACAAGAUUCGACCUGUACUGUGACAGUCACAGAUUUUGCGGACAUCGAGGAGAACAUCUGGUCUCCGCGGUUUGGCCUGAAAGGGAAGAUUGAUGUGACCGCGGGUGUCAGGAUUCAUCGCAAGGGCAAAAAGCCGAUAGAUAGGAUUGUUCCUCUGGAGCUGAAAACCGGCAAAGAGUCCAACUCCAUCGAGCAUCGCAGUCAGGUUAUCCUCUACACUCUGAUGAGCUCAGAUAGACGGUAUGAUCCAGAAGCUGGUUUUCUUGUCUACCUGAAGACUGGCAGUCUACAUCCUGUUGUGGGCAACCACAUGGACAGAGAGCUGAUUAAAAUAAGAAACUCACUGGCUCAUCACCGUGGCAACAACUUGGUUAAGGUGGAUGGUAAUAGUCACAUGGCUCCAUUGCCUGCCAUUGUAUCUGACCAGCAGACCUGCAAAUACUGUCCUCAGAGAAGAAACUGUGCCCUUUACAACAGAACUGUGGAGAGAGAUCCUGAAGAGAACCUAACUGAAAACGUAAAGGACUUUCUGCAGUUGGAGAGCCAGCAUCUCAGCGAGGUGCAUCUUCAGUACUUCAGCCACUGGCUGCUGCUCUGCAGCCUGGAGGCUCUCACUAUGGAAAACAAAGGAGGCCGUCGCAACAUCUGGCUUCAGACGCCACAGCAGAGGGAGAAAAGUGGAGGCUGCAUAGGGAACAUGCGGUUGGCUGGAAGCAUCAAUGUUCUGUCUGAUGGUGUGUAUAAGCAUAACUUUGAGAGGAGGGAGGGAGAGCAGACUCUUACCGGGCUCAUCGUGGGCGAUAGGAUUGUCGUCAGUGAUCAGGACUCGGUGCUCAUAGCCCUGGCCACAGGAUACGUCACGGACAUUACAAUCACUGGAGUAACUUGCUCUUUAGAUAAAAAUCUUUCCAAGUAUUCGACGAGCACAGUUUUUCGAUUGGACCAGGAUGAGGGUGCGAGCGGCCUGAGCACCCAUUUAGGAAACCUCUCUAUGUUGAUGGAAAACACUCCAAACAGUGAAAGAUUAAGGGAGUUGAUCGUGGAAUUCAGGCCUCCUCAGUUCAUUGACAGCCUGAGCAGUGUGUUACCUAGAGAUGCCAAGGACACAGUAGCCAACAUUCUGAAAGGACUCAACAAACCCCAGAAGCAAGCAAUGAAAAAAGUGCUGCUAUCCAAAGAUUAUACACUUAUUGUGGGAAUGCCUGGUACUGGGAAAACUACCACCAUUUGUACAUUGGUACGUAUUCUCCAUGCUUGCGGCUUCAGCGUGCUUCUCACCAGCUACACACACUCCGCUGUGGAUAACAUCCUUCUGAAGCUAAAAAGGUUUAAGAUCGGCUUCCUACGAUUGGGCCGCGCUCAGAAAGUGCACCAUGACAUCCUGCCCUUUACAGAGGAAUCGGGUCAGGCCAAAGACAUCCAAACACUGGAGGAGCUGGAAGAACUCUACAACAAAGAACUCAUUGUGGCCACCACCUGUAUGGGUGUGAAGCAUCCGAUUUUCAGCCGUAGACGCUUUGACUUCUGCAUUGUGGAUGAGGCGUCUCAGAUCAGUCAGCCUGUGUGUUUGGGUCCACUGUUUUAUGCUCAGCGCUUCGUCUUGGUGGGAGAUCACCAACAGCUCCCUCCUAUUGUACAGAAUGCUGAGGCCAGGGCCUUGGGAAUGGAUGAGAGUUUGUUCAAACGUCUGGAGCACCACAGUGAUGCAGUUGUUCAGCUGAAUGUUCAGUAUCGAAUGAACAGUGCCAUCAUGUCUCUGAGCAAUGCUCUGAUGUACGAGGGCAAACUGGAGUGUGGCUCUGAAAGAACAGCUAGUGCAGUAUUGCAGCUGCCCAGUAAAGCACAGGUUGAGAAAGAGCUGGACCUUUACGUGUGUGAACCACAGUACAGUGCUUGGGUCCAGGCUGCACUUGAGCCCAAUAACCCUGUGUGUUUCCUGGACACCUCUGAGGUACCUGCUCAAGAGACUGUGGAGAAGGGUGGAAUCAGUAACCAGACAGAAGCUCUCUUGGUUCAAGCCCUUGUCACCCUGCUUCUGAAGGCUGGAUGCAGGGCAGCUGACAUUGGGGUCAUUGCACCGUACCGGCAGCAGCUGAAAUCCAUCUCGAGUCUGCUGCAGGGACCUACCUUUAAAGCUCUGGAAGUCAACACUGUGGACAAGUACCAGGGCCGUGACAAAAGCGUCAUCAUUGUGUCUUUUGUUAGGAGCAACACUGAGGGCAACUUGGGAGAAUUGCUGCAAGACUGGCGCAGGUUGAACGUGGCCAUCACUAGAGCCAAACACAAGCUCCUCAUGCUAGGCUCCGCCCCCUCCCUUCGCCGUUAUCCACCGCUGGAGAAACUCCUCUGUCAUCUUCAGGAGAAAGAUAUGAUCUUUCAGCUGCCUCCUGCUGCCCAUGAGGCACUACCCAGCAUCCACAUGUGAUCUCAAGGAAAAAUGUUCUCUCCUUAUCCACAGCAUACCUCACAAAGACUCACACUGUAAAACUUGAAUAAAAUAAUAUACAUAAGUUUUGAGAUAUUUUCCAAGUUAAGUUUAUUUUUGUUUUAUUAAUUAAAUCAAGAUUGAUAAUAAAUCAGUUCUUAAAAGCUAUUAUGGCAGUCUCUAGUCCACAAUGGACCUGAGAGCUCUUCCUUAAUGCAGGAUUAAGCCAAUAACUAAUUACUGCAACUACAUAUUAAGUUAUGUUUUCUUUAGCCAAUUAUUUCCUACCUCGUCUCACUGUUUUUAAAGCCCUUGUGCUUUUUAUCAGUGUUGUGUCAUGAUUAUUUUUGUAUGUGCAUUUUAUAAAUAAGGUUAUGUUUUUAUUUGUAAUGUUAUUUCUCAUGUUGUUAAAUAAAAGAUUGUUCUUAAAUGGCAUUUGAUUAAUUUAAAAAGAAAUGCUGU